AUUGGCUCCUUGAGUACAGUGCUGUGUUGUGUGCGUGCGUGCGUGCGUAUUCUGAGCUUUGCUUUUGCCGAAAGACUCGAAGAAAGGCCAUGGAUAUCUUUUGUUGCCGCUUGCCCGACACUGUGUCUGCCAUCUUCCUAGGCCUUUGCUUGGCUUUUCUGUUUCUCUUCUUCAACUUCUUCUUCUCGAAGCAAGACAUUACGGCAAGAAAUCUGCCUCGGGGAAGCGCGGGAUGGCCUCUUCUCGGAGAAACUCUCGCCUUCCUCUCGCCUCACCGGUCCAACUCUUUCAGUAGCUUCCUGCAAGAUCACUGCUCUAGGUACGGUAAGGUAUUCAAGUCCCAUCUCUUCGGGUCACCGACCAUAGUCUCCUGCGACCACGAGCUCAACACGUUCGUCCUCCAGAACGAGGAGAGGCUGUUCCAAGCGAGCUAUCCGAAGCCCAUGCACGGGAUUCUUGGCAAGUACUCCCUCCUCGUGGUCUCUGGAGACCUCCACAAGAAGCUGAGGAGCGUGGCCGUCAACUUCGUCACUGCCUCCAAGUCGAGCCCUGAAUUCCACCGGUGCGUCGAGAGGCUGUCGGUCUCCAUGUUGGAGUCGUGGAAAGGGCGUGAACAAGUUGCUUUCUGCAAAGAAGCCAAAAUGUUUGCACUAAGCCUUAUGGUGAAGACCCUUUUGAGUAUUGAACCAGAAGAUCCGAGGGCCAGGAAGAUACUUGCUGAUUUCUUGACGUACAUGAAGGGUUUCGUGUCCUUGCCCUUAUAUAUUCCCGGGACCCCAUACGCCAUGGCCGUGAAGGCAAGAGCAAGGCUUUCCUCAACCGUAAGGGAGAUAAUAGAAGAGAGAAGGACAGGCAAUGCAGCAGGGUUGAAGAAAGGAGACUUCAUGGACGUGAUCCUGGGGAAGGAGGGGUUGAACGAGGAAGAGAUGGUGAGCAUCGUGCUGGAUAUCUUGCUCGGCGGCUACGAAACCACCGCCACCCUCAUGGCCCUGAUCGUCUUCUUUCUCGCCCACGAGCCCGCCUCUCUCCUCCAACUCAAGGAAGAGCACCUAGCAAUAAGGCGGAAAAAGGGGAGAGAAGAGCCCUUGAACGGCGAAGAUUACAAGCAAAUGGAGUACACUAAUGAUGUCAUAUGUGAAGCUUUGAGAUGUGGAAAUGUGGUCAAGUUUGUGCACCGAAAAGCCCUUCAGGAUAUUGAGUUCAAAGGUUUAACCAUACCCUCGGGUUGGAAAGUAUUUCCUGUCUUUAUUGGGACGCAUCUUGAUCCGACUCUACAUGAAAAUCCCAUGAAAUUCGAUCCCUCAAGAUGGAAGGAUAAAGCGAUGAGCAAGAAGGUCAUGCCUUUCGGAGGUGGACUUCGACUUUGUCCCGGCGCCGAACUCGCGCGGCUCAUAAUUGCCUUCUUUCUUCAUCACCUCGUCCUCAGCUUCAGGUGGAAGACAAAACCAGAUGAUUUCCCCAUUGCUUACCCUUAUGUGGAGUUCAAGAGGGAUUUGGUGCUGGAGAUUGAGCCAACAGAAAACCGCAGCUAAAUUACAGACAAAAGGAAGAAAUAAUAGUGAACAGGUUCAUAGGGAAAAUAAAUAACAAAAUGCCUUGAUUAUGUUUUUUGAAUGUAAAUGAAAAAGAUAUAAUGAGCAGGCACCUUUUGUUCACCUUUGGGUCUUAUAUAUGAUCAAGAAAACCCUAGGACUUAGGUAUGGUGAGAAUAAUGAUAAUUAUUAUUAUCAUUAUCUUGAGGAGUUGUGAGUGGAGGAGAAUGAAUGUAAUUUGCACAGAUGUAAGAUGACAGUUACCUUGAUUGUCAAUUAUAUUAUGCAAAGGUGACAUUGGACCACCAC